GGCUUUUUUCUUCUUUUUUUUUUUGCACUUUGUCAUUCUUGUGCAGGAAACCCGUCGUGUCAUUUCGUGUUUUGGACCGAAUAGAACCAUGGCCUCGUGGCGCAGGAGUCCGGUUCUGGCGGCCGUUCCCCUGUGGAUGAGUUUCGGGCGAGCUGCCGCUCUGGGUGAACCCGAACUCUGUUAUGUGCUGGACGGUCUGCUGUUUUUGUACGGCAUCAUCCUGACUGCGCUCUACUGCAGACUCAAGAUGCGCACUUUUAAGAAGCAUGCCAAGGGGAAUGCAAAUUGCAAGCAGAGUUCUCAAGAAGGCAUCUACACUGAUUUGACUCCUCAUGCCCAGGACACAUAUGCCAUAAUUGACACCGUUAAGUGACAAGGAAAGGAGACCGCAAUCGAAGUUUUUAUCCUACGCUUAUUUUGGCGAGCUUUUAGGUGCAAUGCAAAUUCGGGGACAAUGAAAAAUAAUGUUGCGUCGCUUACGUUUUGAGAAUUUGUUCUUGAUUUACUAUAUUGGGCAGUUAUUAAUAAAAAAUAGAGACGUGAUUCAAUACCA